UCUCAUGAAGUGAAAUAAGCUAUGAUGGUCACCAUCACGCAUGGGCCGACGCAGCGAAGCAGUCAAAACUUGGGAACAUAGCUGGGAAAUGUGCAUCGCUGGACACAAACUGUAAGAAAUUUGAAGAGGUUGUGUAGUAUAGGCUAAACGACUUCGAGCUUUGCCAAAGCCGGAGGCAAAAGGGGGCUCUCCAUGUAUUGUGGAUUCUCCUCACCGAUGACGACGGAGCCCAGGCAAAAUAAGGAGCGCCUGGAAGCUAGUCUUGCGUGGUUAUGCGAACUGGAGCUUCUGAAACAGCGACAAGAAAGCCUGGUCUUGAACGCUCUGUCCCUCGGAGAUAUAGUUCCAGGACAGCCAGCAUGGGGAGAUCUUCAGCCUGCUCGUUCCACCCUAUCGGACGUCCUUCGGGAACAAGAGGACUUGACUUUGAGACGACAACUGAACAGCCUCCAGGGUGCCCCCUGGGGGUUAAUGCUGGCGCUGGAGCAGCAGCUGAGGGAGCUGGGCUUGGAGCAGUCGCCACUAUUGUCUUUACCGCCGCCACCCCCCCUCCUGCCCCCCACCGUCUGCGACGAGGCGUCUGAGGAUGAGGACGAGGACGAGGACGAGGACAGUCGACCCAGCUCAGGCUUUUAUGAGCAGAGUGAGAGUCUCUCCCCUCCUGGUGGCCCGCCAGCAGCCUGGGCCUCCAGUCACCACCGGCCCAAAUCAGUGGAUUGCUCUCUGCUGAAUGGAGAGGAGAACAGGGAGCCCAGUCCUCGGGCCAUGCUGCCCCGCUCCCACUCGGCUCCCUUCUCCCCCCUGGAGGACAUCGCAGAGGGCACAGGAGAGGAGGAAGAGGUCGAGGAGGAGGACGACGACGACGACGAUGAGCCGUGGCCGGAGGCGCCGGAGCCCGAGAUGGACGCCACGGAGGAGGACAUCCAGCAGGCGCUGCGCGUGGAGGCCUACAUCCUGUCCCUGCUGCAGCGCAGGGCCGUGCGGCCGCGCCAGGCACAGUACCCGCCGGCCGCCACGGGCCGCGGCCUGGCCGCCUCCGCCAGCGCCGCCUUCCCGGUCCGCCCGCCGCACCCCAUCACCGUCCCCGCCGCCCACGCCUCCGAAGCGCCUCCGGACCCUGCCGCCGAGCCCCAGGAGUGGGCGGCCAGCGAGGAGGCCCAGUCUGACGCCGAGCUGGCCCAGGCUCUGGAGCAGUACUACCUGUCCCUGCUCUACCCCACCUCCAGACCUGCCUCCCUGGCAGCGGCCGCCCCGCUGGUGGCGUCCCCUCCCCAGCAGUACGCGGGGGCCAUGGAGUCCAGCAGCUACAGCAGCACCGACCCAGAGUCCCUCCAGAGCAACCCGGACUACGGCGAGCCCUACCCCCUGGUGGCCGAGCAGCUGCUGACCGUCAACUACGUCCCUGCGGAACACCCCCACCCGCACGCCCACCCUCACCCCCACCCUCACCCCCACCAUCACCCCCACCACUGCUCCCCAUUCCACGGCAAGCACAAGCCCAGCCGGGCGUCGUACGCCGGGGGGCAGCUGCCCCCGCCGCCGCCGCCGGCUCGGUCCUCCCCCUGCCGGGGCUCAGGUGGCGCCGAGGCCCGGAGCUCGCCCAGAGGGACGGGGAAGAAGAAGACGACAGCGACAGCAGCAACGACGACGACGACUGCGGCGGCGGUGACGACCAGCCGCUCGCGGUCCGAGAACAGCCUGCAGGCGGGAGGCGGGGGGUGGGGGCGCUACUACACCGUCCAGAGGGACGUGGCCCGGGCCAGGCGGCAGGUGCAGGGCCAGGACGAGCCCCCCCACCACCAGCAGCGCCGCUGGUGCUCCACCGCUGACCUCAGCCAGGAGGAGGAGGAGGCGUACGGAGGCCCCGAGCGAGGGGAGGAGGCUGCAGUGGCCAUGGCGGCAGCGGUGGCUCCUGUCCCGGUCCAGGCAGCGGGGGGUGGCGGCGGCUCCGACUCCAGCCUGAGCGAGGCCUACUCGCCGGGCUCCAGCUCGUUCACCAGCGACUCGGACGAGAGCGGCGGCGGGCUGGUGUGGCCGCAGGAGGUGCCCCCGCGGCUGGCCUCGUCCCCUCCCCCGGCCCUGUCCUCCGUGGUCAAGAUCAAGGCGUCGCACGCGCUCAAGAAGAAGAUCAUGCGAUUCCGCUCCGGCUCGCUGAAGGUCAUGACCACCGUUUGA